GGUUGCCAUGUUUGCGGUGACGUCAUCAGGAAGCGUAUUCGUGCGUGACGCAGGCGAACUGCGACGAGAAAGCAGAGAGCGAGAAAUAAUGGCAGUAUCGCAGCCGAAGCAGGACAAAGAGGGCGAAGAAUGCUCUCUGCUGCCUUUGGUCCACGAUAUUAUCAAAUGCAUGGACAAGGAAAGUCCGGACGUGCACCAAGAGCUGGGUAAGCUGAAGGCGAAGAUCCAGGAAGCCCGUGAGCAGAUCUCCGCCAUGCCCGGCAUCGAGAGCAGCCCCGUGGAGCAGCAGCAGCAGCUAGCGACGCUCCGGGAGCAGGUCCGCACCAAGAACCAGCUGCUCCAGAAAUACAAAAGUUUGUGCAUGUUCGACGUCCCCAAGGCGUCGUGAAUAAAAGACCGAGAUGAACGAUGACCACGCUGACUGGAAGGAGCGCAGACAUUGACAAUGACUCGGGCGCUUUGUUUCAAAUUGCAAGCGAUCGACGGUGGCCCACGAGACACAUUUGUUCCGGUCGAGGCCGAUGAAUGCACUUUGAAUGACCGACAGUUGGCUGACUCUCGGGGUGUCCAAACUCGGUCGUCGGGGGCCGCCGCCCUGCCUGAUUUCCAGCCCUCGCAGAAGUGACAGCCUGAUUCAAAUUAUCAGGAUCGUUCGAAUGCUGCUUCAGAGCUGGCUGAUGAGCUGAUCGUUGGAAUCGCCUGCAGAGCUGGAAAACAGGAAGGAAGGUGGCCCCCCCAGGCCCGGAGCUGGACAUCCCUGGCUUUCUCCAUUAUUUUGUCGGGCGAUAUACGUCCAAAGUUGUUUUGUUUUUUUUGGGAAGGUGGGGUGUUAUGUUGUCUUUAAGCAAUCUUUUCUAAUAAAUGACCACAAUGGUAUUAUUCU